AUGUCCAAUGGUCAUCAGAGCACGAAACAAGGUCCAGCCAGUCAGAACGCUCAAGAUAGACAAGCAAGGCAGAACGCACAAAAUAAUCGAGCCAGACAGAACGCACAAGAUAGUCAAGCCAGUCAGAACGCACAAGAUAGUCAAGCCAGGCAGAACGCACAAGAUAGUCAAGCCAGUCAGAACGCACAAGAUAGUCGAGCCAGGCAGAACGCGCAAGAUAGUCAAGCCAGUCAGAACGCGCAAGAUAGUCAAGCCAGGAAGAACUCGCUAGAUAGUCAAGCCAGUCAGAACGCGCAAGAUAGUCAAGCCAGGCAGAACGCGCUAGAUAGUCAAGCCAGGCAGAACGCGCUAGAUAGUCAAGCCAGGCAGAACGCGCAAGAUAGACAAGCCAGGCAGAACGCGCUAGAUAGUCAAGCCAGGCAGAACGCGCAAGAUAGACAAGCCAGGCAGAACGCGCUAGAUAGACAAGCCAGGCAGAACGCGCUAGAUAGUCAAGCCAGGCAGAACGCGCAAGAUAGACAAGCAAGGCAGGACAUGAUAAAUCUCGCAAAGUACGAAAGGGUGUCCCGAACUAUGAUGAUCCAUGUCGUUCUUCUUUUCGCUUGCUACGUUAUUUAUAUCGUUAUUGGCCCGAUCUUGUAUUACCAAAUUGGCUUUAACGGGUGGAUCAAGUUUAUCACCGAUGUUGGUAUGCUGUUGAUACUCCUUAACUCUUUGCUCAACCCGAUUAUUUACUUAGUGCGCAUGCGUGAGAUAAGAAGGGCAUGUCUAUCCUUGCUUAAGUGUUGUGCUGGGAAAUAG